AUCUUUGUGAAGGUAAACCCCUUGUUUUCGAUGUUACUUUUAGGUAUAACAAUUCAUGGCCUCUCCGAUACCAUUAUUUCGUACUGCAGGAGCAACAUUUCAUUCUACGAGAGAGACAACUAAUUAUGCCCGGUUAUGCAGGCUUCUGGUGGACGCCUGAUCACUUGACUUGAGACAGACAUUUGACAGGAGGCCUCCACCAGGGCAACUGUGCGUAGUUUUAUGUGAUCCUGGAGUUCAGAGAUUACCAAUGAAGCUAAAAAAUAGGGGAAUUAUUGAUCCUUUUCAAUGGGUAAAAUUGUACCCUACGAUCAAAACCUAAGCUACAUCGAGCAAUUUUGACAUCACCCUACUAAUGCUUCUGCUGAGAAAUAUUUGUAAUCUUGUUCCUCUGUCUACCGGCUGGGAUGAACUUCCUCCUGCAUCAGAUACAACCCUUGAGGGAGAUAUCGUUCGCAUCAAGUGCUAUAGAAACACAGUUUAUGGUCAUGGCAGCCAUGCCUCAGUUGAUGACGCAACAUUCCAUCAAUACUGGCAGGACAUCAAAGCAGCUCUAGUGGGACUGGGAGGAAGAGAUUACCAAUCUGCCAUUGAUGAUCUCGAGAAUAAACCUAUGGACCCAGCGAUUGAAAAAUAUUACCGAGGUCUUCUUAAACAGUGUGUUAAGGAUUAGGUUAGCACUAAGGAUGGCUUAGAUUUGCUCACUGAGAAGGUCGAUAGGUUGCAACGGAUUCUAUUAAUGAGAGGAACCAACCAACUGUUCAAAGUAAGGAAGCGACAAAUUAUGAUUAUUAUUCAAAUCUUUUUUGAAAUCUUACCUUUGUUUUUUUUUUCCAUGAAAAAACAUUUCAGAAAGCUGAGGUUAACUAUCAGGUGUUGAUGUUGUACUCCUCUUUCCUCGACAGCAGUGAACAAUUUAAUCAUUACUCAGCAGGUGCGAUACUGAACAUGUCUGGAUUAAUAAUAUUCAAUAAUUAAUACUAAUAAUAAUAUUGUAUAAUUAAUACUGAAUUAAUAAUUCAGUAACCUUUCAGUUUCCUAGCAACCCUAGUCGAUAUAUGAAACUGAGUACUUUUAUUUUAAUUUUUGUUUUUGUUUACUUGUUACACAGUGAUGAUAAUUAUUGGUUACAUAAACUUACGUCUAAUCACAUUACUGCUUUAGUUGACUCACGGUGAAACAGAUAGUCCUUUCAGAGCAAACGUAUCAGUAGAACCACGUCGCGCAAUCCGAGAUGAUAUCGAAGAAAACGUGUCCAAUUAAUGAUGAAAGAUAGAAGACUUUACAGGCUCGGAAUCGCUAUCAAUCUCUUGCUCUAAAACAGCUGUUGAAAAUUUAUAAUGCUACCUAGAGUUAGCUUAUGUAAUCAUUUAAUCUGAAGCAUAUGUAAUAGAUAAAUCUUUGUUGGCUGUAAGUGACAGCUUGCUCUGAACUAAGGUAAGCUCUCCCCUUCGUUCACCCGAAGAAAAUCGUAACAAUUCUGAUCUGGCGUCAUCGUUUUCUUCAUGCUCCUCUUCGUUAACCAGAGGUAAUAUAGAUUUCGUAAGUGAUCCCUUUAGAAACCUCCCCUUUAACAAAAAGCCAAUCAAUAUUGACCAAUUUACAUUUUUUUCAUCACUUUGGAAGUUUUUUUCAAAAGAUUAAUAUUUUGACAUUAAUCUCACUGUUAUAGAAAAGUUGGGUCUUGAUAUUCAUUUCUAAUAGUCCUAAUAUCUUGAGCCCUUUGAAGUAACCUUUGUAAACAGUACCUACCGUCUACUGAACUUGUGGAAAUCCUACAGUAAGACAUCGAAAGAAAACAAAGCGAAGCUGACGUGAGCUUUAUAAUAAAACGCCUUCCUUUUCUUUUUCAGUUAUUUUUGUUUUAAUAUUUGAAAAAAAAAAAAACUCUGUAGUAGCGUGUCGACUGGUAUGUUGCUUGCACCAAUCAGAUCGCCCCCUUAGUUCUUAGCUUAUACUUAAUAUUCAUAGAUUUCUCAGUUUACGGCUUUCAACGGUUAUGCACUAGUAAGAUUUUAAUAAAGAAGUGUGUUUUAUAUCUGACUAUUAUUAAAUAUUAGCCUAUAAAAAUAGAAACGGGCUUCUACACUACUUAACUGUAUCAAGUGAACUGCGACCUUCAAUAUUGUCAUGAGUUGAAAUGAGGCUUGAGGCCUGACUCUAAGUUCUAUUACCAGCAAUUGUUUGAGAAAAAAGCCCGCUCUACUCUUUUUGAGUAACACUGGCUAGGCAAGUCUCUACAACCCCUUCCGUUGAGACUCGGUCAAAUCACUGUUGUUUUGGAACGUCUUGAGGCAACCAAAAAUGGAAUGGCAGAAGCUUGUUACACAUUUGCCGUCUGUAGCGAAAGGAUGGGUUUCUUUAAGAUUUGUUUCCAGUUCUUCUCUUUUUUCUGCCAUUGCCAUUCUCGAAAGAAUUGUACCUACUCAAACCGCCACAGUGAUCGUUGGAAACUCUUUACAGAAACGGGCGUUACGUGACAGUGGUACACAACAUAUUAGCUUCCAGUCCUCCUUUAGCUUACCGGUUUUGGUACCCAGUCUGCCGCAACAAGCUGUAAUGUUUUGGAUAAUUUUGAAGAGUUCCCUUUGAACCAGUAUCUGCAGAUCGAUGGCAAAAUUUCCAGUCAAAUUGUACGUUUAUGACCUCUCUAGAGGUAUGGCAAAACAGCUGUCACCUCUUAUACUUGGCAAGCAAAUAGAUGGAAUUUGGCAUACAGGGGUGGUUUGUUUUGAUAGAGAGUUUUUUUAUGGCGGUGAUGGAAUAAAUAGUUGCCUACCGGGUGGAACAGUACUUGGUAGUCCAGAUGAGGUUGUUGAUCUUGGUGAUACAGAGAUAACUCAAGAUCUUUUUAUUGAUUUUUUAAGUGCAGUUGGACAACAAGAUUUUAGAGGAGAAAAUUAUAACUUGUUUGAACACAACUGCAACACCUUUUCAUCAGAAGUGGCCACGUUCCUGACUGGGAAUAAGAUACCACAACAUAUUCAAGACCUUCCCUCAGAGGUUCUGAACAGUUCAUUUGGUCAGAUGAUAAGACCCAUGAUAGACUCUGUAUCUGUGAGGCCAUCCGGAGGAACAUCAGUAUCACCUACACAGACAGCAGCAACAUCAGGAGCACCAGAAUCAAUAUUUGAGCCAAGAAAUAGUCCUCUUGGAAAGAGUGGGCCAAGGAAACCCUCCAAUGGCUGUGAAAGCUCGAUAUUGAGGAAUCUAAUGUAUAUAAGGAUGUUGAUGGACCAUCAUUGAUAUCUGAUCUGAGAGAGUGCUUGCAAAAAAUGGAAUCAUCAGAUGAGGAUCUAAUUUACCUUGAUGAACUUAAAGUAUGUUUUGCAUCGAAGAUCCUUUCAGAAGUGAAUGAAAGCCACAUUUAAAAAUUAGGUAAGUUGUAUUUUGUGUUAGAUUUCCCAAUGGAAUUGAACCAGGCUGCAACAAUAAACAGAUCCUUAUUUUCUUUCCAUUACUGAUGAACAUUUCUUGGUUAGAUAAAAGGUUUUCACUUUAUUAGGCAAAGCUAUUUCUAGUGUUUCUUGCA